AUGGCGUCUGCUGAAACAGGAGGCGACAAGUACCGGUCGUUCAUGGACGGCCAGGGCGAGAAGAACACUGUGUGGAGGCAUGGAGUCCCUCCCAACUUCGACGUCGUGAACAAGCUCUUCGAGGAAGAGAGGACUAAGGAAUGGGCGGAGGGGAGUCUGGAAGAGAAGGUGCAACGGUUGCUCAAGACAUGGGAGAUGGAGAUGUUCCACAAGGUGCGCCCCGAGGACCAGAAGAGCGUGCACUCCCAGGGAUUCACCAGCAGCACCAACGGGAUGAAGCCUCUGACCCGAAAGGAGUGGACGGCCAUCGGCGGCUACAACGCGUUCCUGGCAACCAAGCUGCCGCUGGAGCACCGCAUCUACGACCCGGACACGGAGACGUUUGACUCCGGCAUGGAGACGUUCCUCACGGUGUUCCCCCAGGGCUUCGCCAUCGAGGUGCUCGACGUGUACUGCACCGGCCCGCCUAGGGUGGCCUUCAAGUUCCGGCACUGGGGAUACAUGGAGGGGCCGUUCAAGGGCCACCCUCCACACGGCCAGCGUGUGGAGUUGUUUGGCGUCUGCAUUUUCCAUGUUGAUGAGGAGAUGAAAGUGGAGAAGGCAGAGUACUUCUACGAGCGCGGCAACUUCCAGGCGAGCUUCUUGAGCACACCUGCUGCUGCUGCAUCAGCUUCAGGUUGCCCUGUGAUGAGAGGAAACUAA